CUUGUGACUAGGCUGUGUGUGACUUUGUCAUGGAACGUUUCGGGAUCGGCUUAUCUCGUGCAAACCUAGCAUGGGAGACAAGGCUUCCAAACUCAACAAGGUAUUUAACACAUAGCCUUUCCCGUUUUAACCCUCUGCGAGCUACAACCCAUCCCCUACCAUUUGGGCUCAAUUUCCCUCGCCUUUAUCCUCGUUCCCUUCACCGUAACUCUUUCAUUUUCCGCCUCUAUAGUUCUUCGCCAUGGCACCUGGGCUUAUCUCGGAUGAGAUCCCCAGUGGGGAUCGCGUGGUGUCGAAGGAGAUGGUGGUGACCGUCACCAACGGCCACGCCACAGACGAGGAAGAUGCGGUGGGGAAGAAGGUCGUGAAUGGCGACGACGUCAAGAAGGCGGAUGCGUCGGAACAAGAGACGCCGUCAGAUAGCGAGAAGUCGUCUCCCGAAACCAAGACCGAGGGUGCCGGAGAAGAGGCUGAGCCUCAGGACACCACCACCAUGAAGUGUGAGAUUAAGCAUCUCGACAGGAGGUUCGACGCCAAAGACGAAAAGUACUUCGAGGAACGCAAAGACGAUGUCGAGAAACCCAAGCAAAAGGACUGGUGGCGGCUGUAUGCCUUCUGCAUGGUCAGGCACUUUAAUUCAGACAAAGAACUCGAGACGACUCGCCUUUACGUCAACCCGCAACCCCUCAGGCAGCUGCUCAAGGACCUCAUUGGGAACUACCCUGGCGAUCCUAUCGACGUGGACGAUGUCCAGAUCGAAGCGCCCUAUCACCCCCUCUUCUACUUCCGGCAGGAGAUCGAGACCGAAGGCCUCAAACGCUUCGAGUCAGACGAAGAGUCGCUCGCUCAGCUCAAGCUGCUCAUUAGCUGGAUCAAGUCGCACUUCGAACAAGACAUUGCUGCCUACCAAAAAUGCAUCGCCAACGAGCUCAAGGCCAUCUCCUACGACAAGAUCUGGACCCUCUUCCCUCCCAAGACCAUUGUGCACUGCAAGGUGCUCAACCAGAGCCGCGCCCUUCGCGUCACCGACUCGUGGUACGAUGAGAGUGAUCUUCCAGGCUUUGGUAUGAGGACAAAGUACGUCGAUUUUGACGGCGAGAGGCUGGGCACUCGCCGGCUGGAGAUGUUCAUCCCGAAGUACCAGGGCACCCGGGAGCUGAGCCAGCUCAGCACCAUGCCGCUGGAUCUACACGAAGAUGCCGCCGAAGUCCGCGAGGAGCUCCUGGCGCGCGGGAGGAAGUUCGAAACGUACCUCGGUCAGCAUUACCUGUCAUACAACGGCAUCGCCCUAAAGGCCACCCCCAACGGCUACGCACGGUAUAAUGUGUCGGGCCGCGUCAUGAUUGACUGCAAGACGUACCACCGGCUGGACCCCAACGACUCUUUUACCGUUAAGGAGAUGAGCAAGGACGAGACCACAAGGUGGGAGAGGUCUCGCCGGCGGCACCACAGCAGCAACAACGGCCUCAGCUUCGCGGGCGAGGAGCGCACCUACGACAAGCUGUCGGACGAAGAUGCAAUGCUGACCAACGCCACGGUCCGCGGCUACUCCUUCACCGUGAAGCGCUUCCUCGAGUUCUUCGUCGACGAACUGUUCCCCAUCGAGUGGAACACGACUUGCUUUGAUGAUCUGGUCCUCGACCCGGCGGUCAAGAAGACGGUUCGCGCGCUGGUCUCCACCCACGCGCAGAAGCGCGACACUUUCGACGACAUCGUGAAGGGUAAAGGCCAGGGGCUAGUCUGCGUGCUGCACGGCCCGCCUGGCGUGGGCAAGACCCUGACGGCCGAGUGUGUGGCUGAAUAUGUGAAGCGGCCGCUGUACAUGGUGUCGUCUGGAGACCUUGGCACCUCCUCCACGGACCUGGACCACCAGUUGACGCGCAUUAUGGAUAUGACGGCGACGUGGCGGGCUGUGCUCUUGAUUGACGAGGCCGACGUGUUUCUGGAGCGGCGGUCGCUGCACGACCUGCACCGCAACGCCAUGGUCAGCGUUUUCCUGCGGGUUCUCGAGUACUACGGCGGCAUCCUGUUCCUGACGACCAACCGCGUGACGACCUUUGACGACGCCUUCAAGUCGCGGAUCCACAUCCCCAUCCGCUACACGGACCUCAGCGUCGAGUCGCGGAUGCAGAUCUGGCGCAACUUCUGCAAGAUGGUCCCCGGCGGAGUCGACAUCAACGAGAAGGGCCUCGCCAUCCUGGCUAACCACGACCUCAACGGCCGCCAAAUUAAGAACGCCAUCAAGGCCGCGGAGAGCCUGGCUGCCUUUGACGGCGCCAAGCUGGAUCUUGAGCAGCUGCUGCACAUCACCAAGAUCCAGGCCACGUUCGAGAAGGACCUGACCAGCCUGAGCGGCAUCGACUACACGGCGCCGGGCGAGACCAAGAAGGACGCCGACAGCAGGAACAUGUUUCUGUAAUUUUCGGGUUCUUCUCUCCAAUAAUGACUCUCAACGCUAGCCUUUUCAUCUCCUUGUAUUGUUCUCUUUCCGGGGCUAUAGGGGCAAUCUCUGCAUGUUUCACUGACACGGCGCUUUUCUUUUGCGGUAGCUGAAGGUGGGCCGGAAUAGGCCUCAGCGAGUUUCUCCGGCGCAACGAACAUACAUGAGCUAUAUCGAUUUUCUUUAUGGACUUGGCUC